AUGGCUGCAACAGCCCGAACCUUUACGCGUCUGACAGCACGUACUGCGCCUAUCAACUCCACUCUCCGACUCACCGCCACACACCACGCCCGCCUCUCCCUCCAACGCCAGACAUUCCAAUCCUCCUCCCGCCGCGGCUAUGCCUCUGGUAACGAAGCCACAGCCUCACGAGUCGGCUACUACGCAACUUUUGCUGCCCUCGCGGCAGCUGGUGGCGCAGGCUACUUCUAUCUCAGCAAUGGAGGCGUCACAGACAUGAAAAAGGGCAGCUCGGGCGAGACAAGAGGCGUGUUCACACCAAAGAAGGAGGACUAUCAGCAGGUGUACAAUGAGAUUGCCAAGCUGCUGGAGGAGAAGGAUGAUUAUGAUGAUGGUAGUUACGGUCCGGUGAUUGUUCGAUUGGCGUGGCAUUGCAGUGGAACCUAUGACAAGCAAACCAAUACCGGCGGCUCAAACGGCGCGACCAUGCGCUUCGCCCCCGAGGGUGACCAUGGCGCAAACGCUGGAUUGAAAGCGGCCCGUGACUUCCUCGAACCAGUCAAAGAAAAACACCCCUGGAUAACCUACUCCGACCUCUGGACCCUCGCCGGCGUCUGCGCCAUCCAAGAAAUGCAAGGCCCCUCCAUCCCUUGGCGCCCAGGCCGCACAGACCGCGACGUGUCCAUGUGCACACCCGACGGCCGCUUACCCGACGGCGCAAAAGAGCAAAGCCACCUGCGCGCCAUCUUCGGCCGCAUGGGCUUCGAUGACCGCGAAAUCGUCGCUCUAUCCGGUGCGCACGCGCUCGGCCGCUGCCACACGGACCGCUCCGGCUUCGACGGACCAUGGUCUUUCUCCCCGACCGUGGUAUCGAACGAUUAUUUCCGGCUGUUGCUGGGGGAGAAAUGGGUUUGGAAGAAGUGGAACGGACCGAAGCAGUACGAGGAUGCGGGGAGCAAGACGCUCAUGAUGCUGCCGACCGACAUGGCACUCGUCAAGGAUACGAGCUUCAAGAAGCACGUGGAGAGAUACGCCAAGGACGACGGGGUGUUCUUCAAGGAAUUCAGCGACGUCAUCGUCAAGCUGUUCGAGCUGGGCGUGCCCUUUCAGAGCAAGGAGGAGGAUCGCAUGACGUUGAAGACGUCGGGGGCUUGA